AUGUCCCCUAGAAGUGGAAGGCUGUAUCAAUUCGACUGCUGUGCGGGGCCCCCGGGGAGGGCGGCGGGGGCGGGACUGAGGUCCCGUCUUUUGCUCGUCCAUCCAAUGCACGACAAAUGGCUGACGGCUUUGGAUAGCAAAUCGAAAUGCGAUGAAGAGCGUCCUCAAUGUGGCAAUUGCCUUCGCCGUGGUGCCCCGUGCGAAUAUCGCGAAGCCUUCUCUGAGAAACUUGAGAGAUCCACCACAAGCAUAACCGAUUCCCUACGCCGUAUCGAGAACAAGCUCGACACAUGGAACAUGAGCAAUCAAUGGCGAUUUAACAACGAGGUUGGUCACCCGUCGCCUACCUCGCGCGAUUGGGAGAGGACAGGUGCCACUUCAUCUUCGCAAAGCCUCGGCAACGGGGGCUCUCAAACUCUGCAUUCCGGAAACGUCGAGAACGAGAUCUCGCCAACUCGGCUCUGGUCACCAGCACCUGAGGAUACAGUUCUCACCGUACCACAUCAGAUUCUGCUGUGGCCAGUAUUCUACCAAGUUUUGACCCAGGCAAAUCCAGAAGCGGCUACUGGUCUUUCUCGCAUCCGCCAGCAAGGCUCGUUUUGGUUCAUCAGCCAUGAAAUCAGCACCCGCAAGAGCGUGCAACCCCCUGGAAGUCAUAUCGAAUCAGAUCCAGUCUGUCCAGUAUGGCCGACACUGGAAAGAAUUCAAGUGACUGAUUUGACGUUGGACUGGAUUAUGAGUCGCUCAGAGGCUUACUUUAACACCUUCAACAUCCUCUUUCCAAUCCUCAACCGUAGUCAUUUCACUAACCACGUCUGUCACAGCGUGCUUCGAGAUGGCUUUAUAGAGGGCGAAUCGAACACUGUCAUUGCGUUGCACGUCUUCGCCCUGGGCGAGGUUGCCAUAUUGACGUCGAUGAAUGACAACUGGACCCCGGCCGCGCAGCGAAACGAGGGAGAACGGCAAAAAGGGCCGAAAAUUCGUGCCCCUGGACUGACACUGUUCAAUGAAGCCCGACGCCAACAAAGCAUGAUGCAUUCGCACAAUCUAUUAGAGAAGGUUCAAGCAUUACUCUUGCAGGGAAUGUAUUACGAUUCAGCAUCUUGUUACUUGGACCUAUGGCAAUCACUCACAGCAGCGUCGAUAGCAUGCCAAACCCUAGUCAAGUCUCAUGAGGGAGACUGGUCGGGCUCCCGGGGCGACUACGUCAAACGAGCUUAUUGGACUUGUGUCCUAACCGAAGACAUGUUCCACGUUGAUCUAGACCUUCCACCUACCGGUAUAACCGCUAUGCAAGAUGAAGUACCCUUUCCUCAUUUUCAAGAGCUACGAGACGCUGAGACCACGUACAACCCUCGACAAAAAGACAGAUCAGAGGCUGCUUGUCUGCAAUUCCUGGCUAUGCUUACGCUACGGCGGAUCAUUACCCGCAUCCACCGCACAUUGCAUAGUACCACCGAUCAAUCUGCAACCGCAAUUGACGAUACGAAAGCCAACGUCCUCGCUGAGCUGGUCAGUCAACUUGAUUCAUGGCAGUCAGCCUUACCGGCUCGGUUACAGUGGUUAGAAAGACCAGACGGCCCUUCACCAGCACCUUCGUACACACAGAGAGAGUCUACCAGAGCACAGAUCCACACCGACGAGACCACAGACUACCAGAAAGCACCAGACACCAGAACACCGCAGUACGCCACAACCCGCCAAGACUAUAUCAACGCCCCGAUCGCUUACGAACACAUCGAUGUCGUUGUCAUUCGAAUUCGUUACUACUACGCCCGCUUGAUCGCCGAACUGCCCCUCCUCUACAAAUGCCUCCACACCGCCGAAGACAUUCCUCACAACGACAAAAUCCGCUGCGGACAGGCAAUCCGCUACGCUUGCGACUGGCCGCUCGUCAUGUCACCUUUGCUGCGAGAUCACAAACGCCUCGUCCCGCAGAACUUCGCUUGCACGCACAACUUUAUCUGGAUCACCGUCUUGCUGCAUCUUGUGACUCGCAACAAGCGUUUGCGUGAUAUUUGUCAGGCGGAUCAGAUGCUGGAUCGUGUUGCGAAGAGUCAGCAGCAGACGUUGUUUUGGCUGCAUGAUCUCUCUGGGACGGACUGUGUUGCGCAUUGGGCUUGGCAUACGCUUCAGUUGGGGGAGCUAGCGUCAAGCCCGUGA